CACAAUGAUCAAAUUAGCUAUCAGAUUAGCAAUCCAGUCUGCUCUGAACAGGUGUCAGGGGUCUUCAGAAACCUUCUGAUUCAAGUGGGGCUGUUAAGGCUUUGAAGAUCUAGAUGGCAGAUCAUUUUUUUUACUUUUUAUUUUUUUAAUCCCCAGACUUGGUUUUUUCCCCUGUUUGGGAGUAUGAAUGGGGAUGGUGUCAUUAGUGAUGAUUACCAGUAGCAACUGCUAAUAUGGCAGAAAGUGAGUGUCUCCAGGACGACAGCAAUUCUCUCAGGAACUUCACAUUCUGCUGUGUUUGCUGCUUUCGGAGAAGAAAUGAAACGAACUCUUUGCAAAGGAGGGGGAAAAAGAAAAGAAAGCAGGGAAACAAGGACGAGGACCACACUGAAGUCAUGCCCCUGAAUAAGUCUGGCAAGGAGGAGCAGCAGAGAAAGGAACAAGACCACUGGAGCGUUGUGUCCCUGGGUGAGCACGACCAUGGAGAUGCUAUAACUCUGGCUGCUAAACCAUACAGCAUAGAGACUGAAGACAACUCCAGUGAUGUGCACUUAGAUGUGCACCACAAUGAAGAGAAGCAUGAGCAAAACCACCUGGUUGGAGUGUCCCGGCAGGCACACCUUGAGGAGCAGCAAAGAAAGGACAGACAGGACCACCCCAACAACUUCUCUUGGGGUGUAUGGUAUGAAAGGGAAAGGCAAAGAGGACAAGACCACAUAAAUGAUUUGUCUGAGGGAGCAUCCACCAAUGAAGAGCAGGACUAUCAAAAUGUACUAAACAAGGAGAAGCAACAGCUUAUGGGGACUGAACACUUGAAUAUAUUGUCUCUGGGAGCAACCUAUGAAAAGGAAAAACAAGAAGGACAGAGCCAUGUGAGCUGUCAGUACAAAAGUGUCGCCCACAAAAAGCAAGACUACCGAAGUAUGCCAUACAAGCAGGAGCAACGGCUUAUGGGACCAAAACAUUCAAACAAUUUAUCCCCAGAUGUAACCUCUGAAAAGGAAAAACAAGAUGACCAUGUGAGCACUGUGUCUGAAGGUACACCCUCCAAAGAGGAGCAAGACUGUCAAGAUGUCCCACACAAGAAGGAACACUGGCCGGUAGGACUAGAAUACCUGAACAGUUUAUCCCUGGUUGUAACUUUUGAUAAGGAAAAUAAAGAAGGAAACCAUGUGAGCAUUGUGUCUGAGGAUGCACCCUCCAAAGAGGAGCAGAGCUGUCAAGCUGUACCAUACAAGGAGCAGCAGCAGCCUGUAGGUCUGGAACACUUGCACACCUGCUUCCUGGGUGUACCCUUUGAACAGGAAAAUAAAGAAGGAGACCAUGUGAGCAUUGUGUCUGAGGGUGCACCCUCCAAAGAGGAGCAGAGCUGUCAAGUUGUACCAUACAAGGAGGAGCAGCAGCCUGUAGGUCUGGAACACUUGCACACCUGGUUCCUGGGUGUACCCUUUGAACAGGAAAAUAAAGAAGGAGACCAUGUGAGCAUUGUGUCUGAGGGUGCACCCUCCAAAGAGGAGCAAGAUUGUCAAGAUGUACCACCAUCCAAGGAGGAACAGUGGCCUGUAGGACCAGAAUACCUGAACAAUUUAUUCCAGGGUGUAACCUUUGAACAGGACAAAGAAGAAGACUAUGUGAGCUCUCAGUCCGAGGGAGCAACUUCCAAAGAGGAGCAGGACUGUCAAGGUGUACCAGACAAGAAAGAGCAACAACACGUAGAAUUUGAACACGUGAGUACCUUGUCUCUGGGAGUAACCCAUGAACAGGAAAACCAAGGACAAGACCACAUGAGCUCUGAGUCUGAGAGUGCAGUCUAUACAGAGGAGCAGGACUAUCAAGGCAUACCAUAUAAGGAGGAGCAACAGCAUAUGGGAUUUGAACAAGUGAGUACCUUGUCUCUGGGAGCAACCUAUGAACAUGAACAGGAAAACCAAGGACAAGACCACAUGAGUUCUGAGUCUGAGGGUGCAGCCUACAAAGAGGAGCAGGACUGUCAAGCUAUACCAUCCAAGGACCAGCAGUCUGUAGGACCAGAAUGCCUGAGCACUUGGUUCCUGGGUGUAACCCAUGAAAAGGAACUGCAAGUAGGAAAGGACCAUGUAAGCUCUGUUUCUGAGGAUGCAUCCUGCAGGGAAUACUACCAAGGUGCACCAUACGGUGUGCAGCAACAAGUUAAGGGACCAGGACUGCUGAGUACAUUGUCCUUGCCUGGAAUCUCUGAGGAAGAACAGCAGGUAAGACAAGACCACUUACGUACUAGAAGCUUAGGAGCACUCUAUGAGAUGGAUAAGCAGGUGGCACAGAAUCACCGAAGCAACCUGUUCCUGUUUGUGACCUAUGAUGAGGGGAAAGAGCAGGAUGGACAGAAUCCUCGGAAGAUUUUGCCCCUGAGUGUGUCACGUGACAGUGAGAGGGAACUGAGGGAGGGGCAGGAUCCACAGAAGAUCAUGUCCCCAUAUAUGCCACGAGAAGAAGAGCAGGAGAAGCAAGAUCUUGUAAACACCAUGAUCCUGUGCAUGCCCCGUGAGAAGGGGAAACAGCAGGAGGAUCAAAAUCUCCUGCAUACACUCUAUGAGAAGGAGAUGAAACAGCAAGAUGGACAGCAGGAUCAUCUGAGCCCCUUGUCUUUAUGUGUGGCCUGUGAAGAAAAUGAGAAGGAAGAGGAGGAACAGGAUCGCCUGAGCACCACGCUCCUGUAUGAACCAUAGCAGGAGGAGCAGGAGAAGUAACAUGCCCACCUUGGACACAGCUGGACUGUAGAAAACAGAGGACCACAGGAAGGAUUAAAUCACUUGUAUCUUUACAAAGAAAAGGAAGACAUACACAUUCUUUCUGCUGAAAUAUGGAUUGCUUGAAAGCUUUCAGCACAAAAGCACAAUAUAACAAGAAUAGAAAGUAAAACGAAUUGGAAUCAAUA